AUGACUAGUCCAGAAACUUUAGUAGAAAAAGGGUAUGCUACGGUUGGAGGAACACAUCGCAUUGACAAAACAGAAAAUUUUAGAAUUUAUUAUGAAAUUCAUGGAAAAGGGCCUAAUCGUUUAUUUUUUAUCAUGGGGUUAAACACAACAUCUGGAAGUUGGGAAUAUCAGGUCAAAUAUUUUGGAAGACAUCCUGACUACCAAGUUUGCAUUUUUGAUAAUCGUGGAGUUGGGUGGUCAGAUGCUCCUGGAGGAUUGUACAGUACGAGUCAAAUGGCUCAGGACGCUGUCGACCUUAUGGACCAUCUCGGAUGGACAGAAAAUAUCCAUGUAAUUGGAAUAUCUAUGGGUGGAAUGAUCGCUCAAGAAUUGGUUUUAUUGAAACCUGAAUAUGUGAAAUCUUUGUGCUUGACUUCAACUACUGCAGGAAUGACCAUACCUCCAAUUGCCGCGAUUACAACAAUUAGUAGAAUCCUUUUCAUAAAAGAUCCGAGGACUAAAAUAAAUGCAAUUGUGAAAAUAAUGUUUACAAAGGAUAUGUGCAAUAGAAUUAGUAGAAGUCGUCUUCAACCGGUUAAUGGUGCGAUUGGUCAAAUAGCUGCAAGUCUCUCUCAUUAUGUUUCUCCAACGCGACUUCAAAAAAUUAGGAAUUCUAUCCAACCGAUAUUAGUAAUAACCGGUAGUUGGGAUAAUUUUGUAAGACCUAACAACAGUUUUUAUCUCGCUGAACAACUUCAAGCUGAUUUCGAGUUUUGGGAAGGUUGUGGUCACAUUCCAUGUGGUGAACAAAUCGAAAGAUAUAAUGCUUCGUUAGAGAAACAUUUUAAAAAGGCUGGGUUAAUUCAUUCGUAA